UAACUUCCUGUUCCAAUGAGUUAGGAUGACGAUCCUAUGUCAGAAUGGUUCAGAUAAAACUACAGAACGAAGCCAACAUCAGCAUGAGCUUUGGUUGCGAAUGGUAUGAACUUUGAACUAUUAUUCAAGACAGACAGUGAUACCUCCUAGCCGUUGAGUUAGCGACCGCAGCUGCAAACGCAGGUUAGGAAGGAACGGACAAAGUAUUCCAUCUACCACACAACGACGUUACUUCAACUUAUCCAAGUGACCACCAGAGACAUUCUUCAAAGGACAGAGGACUCGGUUUGGCAACACGGUCUUCCAUCUACCACCAACCUACUGAAGCGCAGCGAGAAAUGGAGCCUAGAAGAAUCCUCACGCAGAUCCUAUGUGUGUUCUUUCUUACAACUGGACGAAAUGAAGGAAAGCUUGAUGCAAAGUCGUGUUCAGGACGGCCUGCAUUGAAAUUAGACCAGGCAUGUCUUACGUUCCAUAACCAGCUACCAACUGGAGUUGAUGUCCUCUACACAUCUGAUUACUGCUACAAGUGUCUGUACCAGCCUCUGGUCAGUGUUCUAAAUGGUCCCCAGAAUGCAUCUGUCGUGGUCAGCACCGUCCUCACUCUGACACUGCAGUUACAACCAAUGGGCAGAAACACAACUCUCUGCAGUUGGAGUCAGUUGUAUGAAGAAGCUGCCCAUUACUCUGUCUGGAUCCAAGAGUCAGAAUCUCCCAUCAAUGUCAUUUGCUAUCAGACUGUGGAUGUCAGUCCAAGUAACAUCUAUUUCCCUCUGUUGGUGGCAGCUCUUCUGCUGGCACUUAUUAGUCUCCUAUGUGUCCUUGUUCCCUACCUGUACAGGAGGCGUUGUACGACGAAGCUCAUCAAGACCAUUUGUCACGAAGGACCACAACAUGCAAUGGAUGAUGAAACCCAAGGUUGUGGGGACGAGGUUAACACUGCCCAGCCAAAACCAACACGACUGCGCUCACUGGACACUUUCCGAGGACUCUCCCUGACAAUCAUGGUUUUUGUGAACUAUGGAGGUGGAGGGUACUGGAUAUUUCAACACGCGCCUUGGAAUGGUCUUACUGUGGCUGAUCUUGUGAUGCCUUGGUUUGUGUUCAUCAUUGGGACGUCUGUAGUAUUGGCCUUCACCUCCAUGCAGAAAAGGGGAGUUAGCCGUCGGCAGCUAAUACGCAAGCUAACAUGGAGAACUGUGGUCCUCAUCCUUAUCGGCUUUUGUUUCAUGAACUACUCUCCAAAGGAUGGAUUAUUAUCUUGGUCUUGGCUGAGAAUCCCUGGAGUCCUCCAGCGUCUGGGAUUCACCUACUUCAUACUGGCUCUGAUGCAGACUUUCUGUGGCAUGAGAGAGAUCCCAUUGAGCAGGGAUCGCUGGUGGGACCCUGUCCAGGAUGUGUUCUUGUAUUGGCCAGAGUGGAUCUUCAUUAUUCUUCUGGAGACAUUAUGGCUGUGUCUCACCUUUCUAUUGCCUGUGCCGAACUGUCCCACAGGUUAUUUAGGGGCAGGUGGGAUUGGGGAUAAUGGCCUUUAUCCCAACUGUACUGGGGGAGCAGCUGGGUACAUUGACAAGUGGUUAUUGGGAGAUAACAUCUACCAUUGGCCAACAUGCAAGGCAAUGUAUCGUACUACCCAGCCCUUUGACCCAGAGGGGGUUCUGGGUACUAUCAACUCCAUCGUCAUGGGAUUCAUGGGGAUGCAAGCGGGAAAAAUUCUAAUUUUUUACAGGAAAAAGGAUGUCAGCGUCCUCUCCCGAUUCCUAGUAUGGGCCAUCCUCCUGGGAAUCUCAGCAGCCAUCCUUUCUAAGUGCACGCGAGACGAAGGAUUUAUACCUGUCAAUAAAAACCUUUGGUCUCUGUCAUAUAUCACCUGUAUGGGCUGCUUCUCUUUCCUCCUGCUGGGAGUCAUGUAUUUCGUCAUGGACGUUAAGGGCUGGUGGGGCGGCCAACCCUUCAUUUACCCAGGGUUGAAUUCCAUAUUUGUGUACGUGGGCCAUUCUCUCCUGGGGUCCUACUUCCCCUUCAGCUGGGAGAUGCGCUUUGUGGACAGCCACUGGGAGAAGCUGUUCCAGAGCCUGUGGGCCACCUCUCUCUGGGUCCUCAUCGCUUUCCUGCUAUACAGGAAGAAGUUCUUUCUCAAAAUCUAAUAACUCCUUUCAUUCAGUGUUUGCUUUCAUUCUGAGCCAUUGUUGUGGGAAUUAUUGCAAAUGCUUGACUUUAUUGUUUUACUGUAAAGUGUGUUGUGAUUUUAAAUGCACUUUAAAUACAGUUUGUUUUGAUCUGA